AUGCAGGUAUAGAAGGCGAGCAAUGAGGGGCAUUCAGUGACACCUUCUCUUUUGCCCACAGGAGGGUCAGUCGAAGGUUGUCCGCCUACUGUUGAGGAAUGGAGCUGACCCGCACAUUCAGGACACUGUCGGCCGCAAGAGCCCUCUGCAAAUGGCCGCGACGCCACUCAUAAGAGACCAAAUCAAGAGUGAGCAUCCGUGUAUGAGAGAAUGGAUGUGCUACACGUCUCUAUGAAUGCAGGUCAUCUGAGGCAGAAGGGCGAGCUCCCGGUGGCCGAGUUUAGGGCCACUGAAGGCGCCGUGGACCAGGCCACCUCUCCAAUGCAGCGUGGAACGAUGCCCCAGCAGCCAUACAGCCCUCCUGCGGAGGACAAAAGGGAGAGGGAGCAGCAGCUGGCCGUCGAGCCAUCGCGAACAGGACCGAAAGAAGGUCAAAUAGCGUCAUCCAUACACACAAAGAGAGCUGGGUGUUGUGCUCUGCGCUCGGGCCUGUCUGCCUUGUCUGUGUCGAUGGGCCCUCUCCGCGAGCGGUUCAUGCGUCUGAUGCUGCCUGUGCAGCAGGGCGGCCCUGACGACCUGCAGCACAUCAAAGAGCCGCACCUGUUCACCGCCAGCUGGAUGGAGGCCAUACACACGCACCAACAGCUCUUCCAAUCCAUCAUUGCUGCCCGUCAGGGUCACGUAGGCGUCAUGUCGGUCAUGUAUGAGAGCAAACCUGACGUACUGCAGCAAACAAACGACGUACUAUCACAGACAAAUCAUCUUGUGCUGCAGUUGGUGAUGAGGAGAUGUGUGUUGGGUGUGGUGGAAUGCCGACUGGUUGGACUGCCAUACACUUCGCUGCCCGGAAUGGCCAUCUUGCGGUCGUUAAUCAGCUGCUGAAGUGGGAUCCCAAACUGCUCGAUGCACGUAGCAAGGUAAGAGAGCACACACACAUGUCUCUGACGCCUCAGUGUGCCGAUUGAUUUUGUGUGUGAUGAUUGUACUUCGGUACCACACCAUUCAUAUUUGCUGCCUCGGGUGGUCAUGUGGAUUUGCUGAAGGCACUGUAUGCCAAAGGCGGGAAGGGCUGCCUCACACAAAAGGACCAGGUCACACAGAAGGCGGGAAACAAUGAACGUAACUCUGAUAUGUUUGAUUGCCUUUCUUUGUGUGCAUGACACACACAGCACGGCAUGACGGCACUCCAUGUGGAUGCGGACAGGGGCCAAUCUGUCGCUGUGUCUCAGCUGUGGGCCACACUGAUGAAUGGCUGACGCGAACAUCUUAUACACACUCUCUGUCUCUCUGUGCCAUUCUCAAAGGCUCGAGUGGGGCGGCGGUGCUCUGCUGGACAUCGAAAACAACGACGUCAGUGCACACAGAAAUUCACAUCAUCGAUGGGUUCAGUGCUCAUCUCAUGACAACAGGGCAAGACGCCGUGGGAUUUCGCCGUCUUGGUCCGAGGGAAGGAUGUUGGAGCACCGUCACCCUGCGUUCCCCGCUCCCCCCUCCUGCUACUACAGCAAGAGCUACUGGGACACGAUGAGCUGCAGCACAGCCACUGGCGGGCCGUGUGGGGCAACCAGCUCGUGCCGACCUGACACAGGUAAGAUGGGACAGGGAAGAGAGGGAGGGGGGAAGAAGGGGCGAGGCAGAUCCGUUGUCAUCUGUGUGGUGUGUUGUGUGGUGUGUACGGCAUUCAGCGAGCGGCGGCAGCAGCCUGACCCCUCACUGCUCACCUGAGACCAGCCCCCUCUCCCUGCCCAUCCCGGUGCGGCGCACCCUCCCCCCUCCCCCCCUCCCCCUCUAUCGCCCCAUCGGCAGCCGCAUCAUCGGUGUGCUCGUCGACCACAUGUGGAACUGACACUCUCUCUGUCUCUCUCUCUCUCUCUCUCUCUCUCUCUCUCGCAAAAGAGACCACGGCAGCAGCAGUGCGUCUGCGGCCGACCACGGCAGCAGCAGUACGUCCGCUGCGGACCACGGCAGAGUGUCUGUGGUGGUGGGUCGUCAUCUGCCAAGGCAGAGGAGGUCGAUGAUGCAGCGGCGGCGGACGCACAGGAAGAGGAGGGCGAUGGUGUGGGUGACGAUUGGUCGCCUGAUCUGCAGAUUAGGGAGGUUCUCGACUGUUUGCCGACAGGUGCGUGUGCCGCAAACACACAAAUGGUCUCGGCAAACGUGGUGGGGUGUGUGUGGUGUGGUGUGUUGUGUGUUGACACAACAGGAGAGGUGUCCGAGAAUCUGGUGUGGAGCAAGUGUGUGACGCCUCUGCGUGGUGUGGCUCUGCGUGAGGAGGAUCUGCGAGUGGUGUGCGAGCGGCUCAGCAGCGAGUAGGCUGACGGGAUUUCUGUCCAUUCGGAUCAGUCGGAUGUGGUCCACACACCGCACACACAUACACAUUCACACACGCAUAACAACCCUUCCUCACGCAAGACAGGCGGGAGUCGAUAGUGCUUGCCCUGCAUGUUGCCGCGAUCUGUGACGUGGCAACAGACACAAUGCACAAACAGACCAAUGAAUACGAACAGACCCCCUCUGUGCAUACGCUUACAUAUAUCGAGCGGGUCGGCC